AUGAGAGUGCUACGAGAAAAACAGACAUUGGAUGUGCAGGUGGCACGAUGGUGUCCGGAGCGCGUGUUUGUUGAGCUUCUCAUUCCUGAGGAUGUCCAUGCCAUGACCCAAAUUGUCUUCCGCACCGAGUCUCACGAUCAAGGUUACAGCGAAGAGAAAGUGCUCCACGGCACGUACGAAGGUUCCUUUACCUGGCUUGAGGCCGUUGUCGUCAGUCCGAGCGGCCACGAACGCUGUCCCCGGAGGACGGUUCAGUACAAUGUGCACGCGAGCUCUGCCUACAGGCGCCACGAGGUCGUCUGGGACGCGGUUGCGAGCGCGGAUGCGGCGGUGCGUGACUGGGUAAGGGCCGUACGUGGCGGCGACGCUGUGCAGCUGAUCCCCAAGGCGCAGUGGCCGGGCUGGAUCAACUUUGUGCGCGAGGCCGAGAUCGAGAUUCGGGUGGUCAGUGGGCUUAGUCAGCAGAUUGUGACCGGGAGGCCGUCAUGCUACCGGCCGCUGCAGGCGACGGAGAUGCGGCUGCUGGUGCUGGACAGCGGAACAACAGAUGCACCGCUAAGCUGCACGCUGAUGCAUGCAGACGUGCGUCGGCAGCCGGUGGUGGUGCCGCCGUACGAGGCGCUGUCAUACUGCUGGGGCGACUCGCGGAAGACGAGGGAGAUUGCGGUGCGGCGGGAUGCUGAGUCAUCCACUCCGGUGCAGCUACGGAUCACGUCGGCACUGUUUGCGGCGCUGCAGGCGCUACGCCGGUCGACUGGGCCCGGCCGCAUGCUCUGGGUGGACGCCGUAUGGAUCAACCAGGACGACCUGGACGAACGAUCGAGCCAGGUGGCGCUGAUGCGCGACAUCUACCGGCAGGCGGACCAGGUGGUCGUGUGGCUGGGCGAGGGCGAUGCAGCGACACAUCAGUCGAUCGAGGUAGUCAACGCGAUUUGCAAAGAACCGGGACAGACGAUGCGGUCGGCCUCGCGAGCCCUCAUCCCGCCCAUCUUCAACGCGCUCUUGGAUGCGCGGGAGGUGGCUUCCCGGGACCGUCACACGCUCGCCAUUCUCGACGUGCUCGUGCUGGGCCUCGACCUCGACGUCUCCGACCCGCGCGACACGCUCUUUGCCAUGCUGCAGUUCGGCCGCGAGACCGCCGAUCUGGCCGUCCUGCCGCCGGCCGUCAAGCCCGACUACCGCCGGCCGACCCCCGACGUCUUCGCCCUGUUCACGCGCUGGUGGAUCGCCGAGCACCGGUCGCUGCGCAUCUUCUCGGCCGUCCACGCACUCGAGGGCCGCACCUGGCAGGAGACGCGCUGGCGACAGGGCUGCACGCCGUCGCUCGUCAUGCGUGACCUCCCCAGCUGGUCCUGGGGCUAUCGCGGCCACAGCAACUGGGCCACGGGCCUGCUCGGCCUCCCGGAGGACUGCCCCUACCGUGCCUCUGGGGACUCUGUGCCUGACCUCGAAUGGCUGCAGCGCCCGGCCUCGAGGGUCUGCAUCGGGCAUUUAGCCUCAGGGUGUUCGAGGAAGACGACCGCCGUGGCGUGCAUCAGCCGCUGCUUCUUCACGGCAGAGGAGGGGUUUGUCGGCUUAUGUCCGUUUGCAGCGCAGACGGGCGACUGGAUCGUCGUUUUGAGCGGCGGUCGGGUACCGUAUAUUUUGCGGCCGCGGGACGAGAGUGGCCAGGAGCAGCACUUUAUCGGGGAAUGCUAUGCGCAGGGGUACAUGGAGGGACAGGGCGUUGAGGGGCCUGGAAUGGAUUCGCACUUCUGGGCUGACGACCCGAUCGUGGUCUUUACGGCCUGUGAGGGAAAAUCUACAAUAUACCGGCAAAUCACAAAGCCGCAAAUAGACCCAAGUUUGAUUCAGGAAUGGCUGGACACUUGCCUCGCCCAUCAUGCCCAGUUGUGCCCAGCACCAACUCCGCCAGACUCAGCCCUACACACGACGCACUUUCGCCUUAUCGACGUGCGCCGAUUCUGCAUCGUACCAGCAUCGAUCCAGGACUCGUACGUAGCGCUUAGCUAUGUCUGGGGCGAGACAGAAAACAUCAGUCUAGAGAAUAGCAACAAAGAAGAUCUUACGCGGGAGGGAGGGCUCUUACGACAAAAUGUCUGGGGCCAAAUCCCCGAUACGAUCCGUGACGCCAUACAACUCAUGAGAAAACUGGGCCUGCAGUACCUAUGGGUGGACUCACUCUGCCUAGUACAGGACGAUCCCACUGACAUGACGGGGGGCAUACAGAUGAUGGACGUCAUUUACGAGCAAUCGCUCUUUACCAUCAUAGCCGCAAGUGGAACCGAUGCGAACAGCGGCUUGCCUGGCGUGAAAUAUGGAUCUCGCUUGACGUCGCCAAUGUACGUUGUCGGCAUGCCGGAGUGGGAUGGAAAGUAUGCUGAUGUAGCACAACUCGAUGACCCACGUCGCAACACCUUUGAACUGUUUUCUCUGAUUGUUGGAACCUACGGCGAGCGACAGCUGUCUAAGCAGGAAGACGCUCUCAACGCUGUAGCGGGAGUCUGCGAGCGGCUAGCACGUAGGAUGAAGUGCAAACUUCUACAAGGACUACCAACCGCUGCUAUGGACCUAUAUCUGCUCAUUAACGUUUGGAGAAGAAAGCGGAGGCCCGGCUUCGCUAGCUGGUCCUGGGCCGGCUGGACCGGGGGGGUCUAUUUUGAUCCUUCUCCGAAUCUGCCACCGGAUCAGAUCAGCGCCUGGCUGGCCGAGGAAACCUGGAUUGUGUGGUACCAACGGACGUGCAAGCCGGACGGUGCGGUGCUCGGACUAGUGUGGGAUCCGGCCGAGAGCGCGGGCGAGCGAGGAGAUAUCAACUACGGCGACAACCGGAGGACUUUCCAGCAGGUCAUUGCUCGUUGUGGUCUAGAAACGAGCUUUGACGAUCUUGACACGUGGAAGACGCAGCCGUCAGUGGAUCUUGCUUCCGAGUCUAUUAUUCCCUCUGCAUAUCCAGUUCUCCAGUUUUGGACGCUGGUGGUUAGCUACACUCUGACUUCGAAAAUAGGCUUCUAUGGCCUGAGUGGCCAAUCCGGCGACGAGAGUGGCGCUAUUUUGGGGGACUGCUUGCAUUAUACACUUAUUCCAAGCGUAGCUGGCCAGUUCGCCAUCCUCUCUAGGGUCUCUGAUAUUCACGCUGAAAAAACAGAGACUCAAAUUUACAAAGAUAUUUGCUCGCGGUCCGAGAUCGUGGCGGACAACAUUAUGUUUUAUGCCCUUUACAUUGAGUGGGAAAACGGUGUGGCCGAAAGGAGGAUGCAGCGACGUGCUGAAACAGCACAGAGCGGUUGUGCUUGGGCCGGACAGGUGUGGCACAAGGACAGUGGAUACGGAGGGAUCUGGCAGCAGACGGGUGGUCGAACCAAGAAGCGCGAGGGUGCGCCGACGUGCAUUCAGUGGGGAUCGGGCAGCAAUAGAGUGGUGCUGUUCCACAUCUGCUGGCGUCGGCUCAGCUUUGAUGGCACCCUAGGCCAGAGCGAGCGGGUGUCUGGGUAUCCGCAGCGGUGGCGUAGGGAAAACAAAAGCGAGCGUGGCGGCACGCCCUCUCCAGGCAGACCGUCCGGCAUCACAAGCACGCUGGCGAUUCCGCCCACAAAAAAUGGAGUGCACCCAGCGGCAGAGUCCAGCUGGCUUUGGCCUGACGGUGGCCGCCAGGACGGCCAGGACUGCGAGGAGAGCAGGCCAGCAAGAGGCACAAAGAGCACAAAGAGCACAAGAAGCACCGGAAGCACCGAGAGCCGGAUGUGGUCGCUGCGCAGAAAGUUGACGUCUCGUGUUGUAGGCACAGCCCGGGGCGACGUCGACGACCCGGCGCCAUCGAGCAUGCCGAGCAUGCCGAGCAUGCCGAGCCUGCACCUGCCAUGGCACCUCGACCGGUUGCGGUUCCGGAUCCGGUUGCCGGCCUGGCCGUUUGGCCGCUUGGCCGUCUGGUACCUGCUGACGGGCAUGCUGGCAGUCGGCCUGCUGAUGGUCUGGCUGCUGGCGGCCUGGCUGCUGGAGCGGCCACGAACACGCCGCCAUGCCCCGGUCGACCCGGAGAGCUGUCUGGUCGACGCGCUCGAGGACGCGGUCGAGCACGGCGAUGGACCCGGCACCGAGCGGGCCAUCGAGCAGGGCGUCGACAUCGACCACGUCUACAGCGACGGCCUGACGGCCCUGCACCUGGCUGCCGAGUACGGCCACGUCGACGUGGUGCGCGUGCUGGUCAAGCACGGUGCCGCCUUCAAGACGGGACCCAUCGGCGCCACGCCGCUCUUCUUUGCCGCCCAGCGAGGCCAUGCCGACAUCACCCAGCUGCUGCUCGACCAUGGCGCCGACACUACUGCUACGCUCUACAACGGUUACACCCCGCUGCACCUGGCUGCCCAGAACGGCCAUGCCGAGGUCUCGCGCCUGCUGUUUGUGCAUGCUGCCGGCCUCGAGACCGUGACCACGACCGCUUCCGCUUCCACGUCCGCGUCUACGCCCACCCUCUCUCCCCUUCACCUGGCCACCUACUUCCGCCACACCGCCGUCGCUGCUGCCCUUUUACAGGCUGGCGCCAGCCCCAACGUCAUCGCCGACGACGACGUCGCCCCGCUGCACGUCGCCGCCCAGACCGGCUGUGCGGACAUUGCCCGUCUGCUGCUCGAGCACGGCGCCGACAUUCACGCCCUGUUCGACGACGCGUCCACGCCACUGCACGUGGCCGCCCGUGCUGGCCAUGCCGACGUUGCCGCUUUGUUACUGCAGCUGCACGCCGACAUCCGUGCCCGCUCCGAUGACGGGUCCACGCCGCUGCAUGAAGCUGCUAGCACUGGUCACGACGAUGUUGUCGGUCUGCUGCUGCGCCACGGCGCCGAUAUCCAUGCCCGCCAAAAGGACGGACCCAUGCCGCUGCAUCUCGCUGUCGUUGCCGCCCACACGGCCGUCGUCCGUCGGCUGCUCCGUUCCGGUGCCGAUCCCAAUGCGCCUGGUGACGAUCAGGGCACCACGCCCAUCCAUCUUGCCGCCCAGACCGGCUGCGUGCCCGUUCUCGCCCUCCUCCUCGCCUCUACUCACUCUACCACACCCCCCAACUCCUCUGUCAACGCCCGCCGCGCCGACGGCCGCACUCCUCUCCACUUUGCCGCCCACGAAGAGCGUCGGCUGGCCGCCCGCCUGCUGCUCGCCCAUGGCGCCGCCGUCAACCCCAUCGACGACUAUGACGCCACCCCCUACGACGAGAGCAUGCGCCAGACCCAGACUGUCGCCGACCUGCUCGUCUGGCACGGUGGCCGCCCCGUCGACACGUCACGGCCCGGCCUCAAGCGCCUCGGCGAUCCCGCCACUCAGGAUGGUCACGUGAUCCGACACGCAACUGACAUCUAUAUGCUGGAAGACCAAGACGAUGACGGCGACGACAGCAACGAGAAGAUGUCGCUGCUGCACGCCGCCUACGAGGGCGACAGCGCCGUGGUGGAGCAGCUGCUCCGCGCCGCGACAGCGGACCCCAAGGUCCAGCGCAGUCUCGACGGUGCCACCGCUCUGCACCUUGCCGCCCAGCAGGGUCACGUGACAGUCGUGAAGCUGCUGUUGGAGAAUGGCGCCGAUGCGAGCAGCAAAACGCUCGACGACACGACAGCGCUGCACCUGGCGGCUUACUACGGCCACGCCGACGUCACGACAGCACUGCUGCAGCACGGCGCAGCCGGCACGGCGUGCAACGCCGACGGGAUGACGGCGCUGCAUCUGGCCGCGCAGCAGGGCCACGAGCCGGCGGUGACGCUGCUGCUGACGGAGAGCGACGCCGAUGUCGAUGCUGCCACUCGCGGAAACACGACGCCGCUGCACCUCGCAGCUGAGAGCGGCCACACUGGCUGCGUGGGCCUCCUGCUGGCCGCCGGUGCCACCGUUUCGGCCGUCACCCGCGAUGGUGUCACACCCCUGCACCUGGCUGCUCAGGGCGGCCACGAGGCCACGGCGGCUCUCUUGGUUGAGCAUCAGGCCGACGUGCGCGCGCAUGUCCGCCGCACCGGCGCCACGCCCUUGCACCUCGCGGCCGCCCGCGGACACAGCAGCGUGAUGAGGCUGCUGACGCGCAGCGGUGGCGCCACACACGCCGAGCGCGAGCCGACCGAUGGGCCGACUUGA